AAACAUAUCAAAUCUCCAAACUCUAUUAAAAGCUCUUCUUUCUUUUCUAUAAACAAUCUACUAAAAGCUCUAUUGUUGCCACAAAACUGCACAAAUCAUACUUGAAAUUAAAAACACAAUGGGAGCAACCACAGUGACCCAUGUGACGACCAUUAACCCUAGUAACACCAACAUUCAUGGACCGGUCAUAGACGAAGUGGAAGGUCUUAUACGAGUUUACAAAGAUGGCCACGUGGAACGAUACCAACUCGUGCCAUGUGUGGGUCCGUCACUACCCCUAGAGCUCGGUGUGUCUUGCUCUGAUGUUCACAUAGACAAGUUGACCAACGUUUGGGCACGUCUCUAUGUCCCAACGUUGACCAAGUCUUCACCGGUCUCUAGCCCUAACCUCCCUUUGCUUGUCUAUUUCCACGGUGGAGGCUUCUGCGUCGGCUCGGGUUCUUGGUCGUGUUACCACGAGUUCUUGGCAAGAUUGUCCGCUAGCUCACGGUGCAUAAUCAUGUCUGUAAAUUACCGUUUAGCCCCUGAGAAUCCUCUCCCGGCAGCUUAUGAAGAUGGAGUCAAUGCCAUUCUUUGGAUCAAGAAAACAAGAAACGAUAACUUGUGGUCCACGCUAUGUGACUUUACCAAGAUAUUCUUGGCCGGAGACAGCGCCGGAGGCAACAUCGCCCACCAUGUCGCGGCGAGGUUAGCCGCAGCCGCCGACGCGCUUAUACAUCCGUUGAAGAUAGAAGGAACAAUCUUGAUCCAGCCUUUCUUCGGCGGGGAGGCGCGUACGGAGAGUGAGAGGCGCGUGGAGAAUAAUAUGAAGGGCUCGGUGUUGACACUUGCGGCCUCAGACGCGUGGUGGAGGAUGGCUCUGCCACGUGACGCGAACAGAGAGCAUCCGUAUUGUAAACCGGUGGAGAUCAAGAAGAGGACGCUGGUGUGCGUGGCGGAGAUGGAUGUGCUGAUGGAUAGAGAGAUGGAGAUGUGUGAUGGUAAUGAGGAAAUGAUCAAGCGCGUGGUGUACAGAGGCGUUGGUCAUGCGUUUCAGAUUCUUGGAAAGUCUCAGCUUGCUCAUGUGAUGACUGUUGAGAUGUUGUGCCACAUCGACGCUUUCAUACACCAAUGUGAUUCUUCUGUUUAGUUAUGUAUUUUCCAUAAAUAUUCUUUUGUGGUGGCUCUUAUAUGUGUAUAUCUUCAAUUCUAAAUUGCUUUUGUGUUAGAAAGUUGACAAAAAAAAAAUUUGCUUUCGUGUUCGGUGAGAUGUAGGUUACAGGAAUUAAUAUGCAUUUCGGUUUGGAUUUUUUGGUUUAUUAAGAAAACGAAUUUCAUCGAAGUUCCUAACAUUUUGCAAGAACUCAUGGAGAUAUUCUCUACUGAAAAGUAA